AUGAAGUCGUCAUACAUUUUAGGCGCUGUUCUUGCCGCCGCCUCGGCCAAUGCCUCUUUCUUGGACCCUAUCAGAGACUUCUUCAGUCCUAACCAGGAGGUUAUCCAGAUUGUCGGUGAAGCUGAACAAUUCAGCAAUGUUUUCUCUCAAGAAGUAUCUGAGAUGGGCACUCAAGGGCUUGAUAUUUUGAAGGUCUGGGAGAAGAUGACCAACGAGAUGGGCAGAGAUGCUGUUGAGAGAGCCAAGGAGGCUUACGAGACUGCUAAGAACCUUAAGCAGAGUAACUUGAAGAACAAGAAGACUCACGAUGCUGCUGGAUUUGAGGUGCAGAGCGACCCAAAACACCCGGGUUACGCUUUGAGAGCUAAAAAGACCAACCCUGAGCUCUUGGGCUUGGACUCUGUGGACCAGUAUACUGGUUACUUGGAUGUGGAGGAGCUUAAGAAGCACUUCUUUUACUGGUUUUUCGAGUCCAGAAACGACCCUAAAAACGAUCCAGUGAUCUUGUGGUUGAACGGUGGACCUGGCUGUUCAUCGGCCACAGGCUUGUUCUUCGAGUUGGGUCCUUCUUCUAUUAACGCUACAUUGCAGCCAACCUUUAACCCUUACUCCUGGAACAACAACGCUUCUGUCAUUUUCUUGGACCAGCCUGUGGGUGUGGGCUACUCUUACACUGAAGGUGAAGAUAUCGGUUCUACCGCUGCUGCCGCUAAGGAUGUCUACAUCUUUUUGGAGCUUUUCUUCCAGAAGUUCCCUCAGUUCGUCAAGAACGACUUCCAUAUCUCUGGUGAGUCGUAUGCUGGUCACUAUAUUCCUGCUUUCGCUACUGAGAUUCUUAACAACGCUGACCGUUCGUUUAACUUGACCUCCGUGUUGAUUGGUAACGGUAUUACUGACCCAUUGAUCCAGUACAAGUACUAUAGACCAAUGAUGUGCGGUGAGGGUGGCUACAAGCCUGUUUUAACUACCGAUAAGUGUGAACAAAUGGACAGACAAUACCCGGGCUGUGCCGCUUUGACCCAGGCCUGUUACGCCUUCCAGAGCGCUUUCACUUGUGUUCCAGCUGGCGUUUACUGCCUGAGAAUCAUGCAACCUUACCAGGAGACCGGCUUGAACCCUUAUGACAUUCGUAAAAAGUGUGAAAGCGGUGGAAUCUGUUACGUCGAAAUGGACUACGUUGAAGAGUACUUGAACCUUGACUUUGUUAGGGAUGCCAUUGGAGCCGAGACCGAGAGUUUCGUUGGCUGUGACCCAUCUGUGAUGCAGAACUUCAUCCUCACCGGCGACCACCAGAAGCCAUUCCAGCAGCACGUUGCUGAGUUGUUGGAGCAGGACAUUCCUGUGUUGUUGUACGAGGGUGACAAGGACGUUAUUUGCAACUGGUUGGGUAACCAGGCCUGGUCCAAUGCCUUGGAAUACUCCAAGCACGACUUGUUUGAGGCCCAGCCUUUGCGCCCAUGGCGCACCAGAGAUGGUGAGUUGGCUGGUGAAGUCAAAAACUACGACAAGUUUACUUUUGUUCGUGUUUACGACGCCGGCCAUAUGGUUCCUUUUGACCAACCAGCUAAUGCCUUGGACUUGGUCAACAGAUGGAUCCAGGGUGAUUACUCUUACGGAAAGUAA